AUGGGGGAAAAACAAGUGGUUCUGUCUGACGAGGCAGCGGCGAAGGAGCUGUUCGUCAGGAGGGGAAAUAAGUACUCGGAUCGCGGAGCUCCCCAUGCUGUGGAAUACAUAUCGAUGAACCAAAAUCCCGGCUUUCGACCCAAGGACGAGGGAUGGCGUCGCCAGAGGAGCAUGAUACAAAACGCCGUCUCCAUCACGUCCAUUAAAAAGUACCAAAGCAUGAUGGACGAUGAGGCGACUUUUACUCUUUACGCUCUCCUGAAAUCCCCGUCGUCAUUUCACGAUGAGUUCCUGCGAUAUUCUUAUUCCGUCCUUACUAGCUCCAUGCUGGGGUUCUCGAUCCGCUCAGCUGAUGAUCCCUUUCUCCACCACAAUGAGGAAUUCACCGCCGAAAUUAUGAAAUCCUUCCGUCCAGACUGCUUCCCGAGUAAUGUGUUCCCGUUCUUGAGGCGGAUGCCUCUCUGGCUGAUCCCCAGCUUGAGAAAGAUGGAGAGUCUAAGAAAGGAGUACGUGGGUCAGAUGUGGUCGCUCAGAAGAAAGAUCGAGAAGAGCGUCGAGGACAGGUCGGCAAGAGAAUCUAUCUACAAGCACUUCCUCUUGAAUCGGAGUGACUACGUCGUUACGGAUGAAGAGGCGGUUCAUACAUUUCAAACCAUGAUCGAUGGCGGUACGCGAUCUCCUCACAACAAUCUGCUCACAUUUCUAUUCCUGAUGAUGGAAUACCCCGAGUGGCAGAGAAAACUUCAGGCGGAAGUCGACCAAGUCGUUGGCAAAGAUAGAAUGCCGAGCUACGAGGACAUCCCUAACUUACCUACGGUCGAUCCUCACGGAUGA